GCAGGUUUUUUCUCCGCUCAUCUGGUCUCUAGCCACUACAACACAAAACACCAUCGUCUGUUUACAAUCUCUCUAGAAGCAGCCGGGGGACAGCAUCAUUUUACAGGCAUUGUUUUUCUUUCAAUCCUCUAUUCUUCUCCCGAGCCAGAAACGGAUUGAGACCACGUCAAAUUGAACGGCAGAGAGAUUAUUUUUGUUUGAAUUUUGAGGAGAACUCUCAACACCUGCCUUUGUUAGCAAGUUAGCCUCGUGUCCUUAAAGGCUCCUCGUCCUUAAUUCUCUCUCUCUCUGUGUUAUAUUCUGGUUUGUUUUAUUUUCUGUAAUCAUUUACACAGUCAUACAGUAGUUGUAGGUAAACCCGUGCUAACGGAGAAGCUCUUUGUUCGUGCCUCGGGGAAAAAAAAACACGCACCAGCACCUCCGUUUCUUUCUCUGUUUUUUACUGUUGCAGUGAUGUUGAGGAUGAUGAUGAUGGUGAUGAAGAGGAGACAGAGCUGAGAGCUGAGUGUGUGUGGUUGUGUUGCGUUCACAUUGGGAGCGAGAAGAACCCCCCUCCCCCACACACACUGCAUCCAUGUUCUCCCCCGACCAGGAAAACAUCUCCACGUCGUCAACCAAAGUGCCAGUCAAAUAUGGAGAACUCAUCGUGCUCGGGUAUAAUGGCUCUCUACCCAACGGGGACCGGGGUAGAAGGAAGAGCAGAUUUGCCCUCUUCAAAAGACCCAAAUCCAAUGGAGUCAAACCCAGCACUGUACACGUAGCCUGCACCCCACAGGCUGCCAAGGCCAUAAGUAACAAGGAUCAGCACAGUAUUUCCUACACGUUGUCCCGUGUACAGACAGUGGUGGUGGAGUACACUCAAGACAGCAAUACAGACAUGUUUCAGAUUGGCCGCUCAACUGAAAGUCCAAUAGAUUUUGUGGUGACCGACACGGUUCCCGGGAGUCAGAGUAAUUCUGACACUCAGUCAGUCCAGAGCACCAUAUCUCGCUUCGCAUGCCGGAUCAUAUGUCAGCGAACGCCCCCUUACACCGCCCGCAUCUACGCCGCCGGAUUCGACUCCUCCAAGAACAUCUUCCUCGGGGAGAAAGCAGCAAAGUGGAAGACAUCUGAUGGACAGAUGGAUGGUCUGACUACAAACGGUGUGUUGGUAAUGCAUCCUCGCCAUGGUUUCACAGAGGACUCCAAACCUGGUGUGUGGAGAGAGAUUUCAGUGUGUGGAAACGUGUUCACCCUGAGAGAGACACGGUCGGCUCAGCAGAGGGGGAAAAUGGUGGAGAAUGAGACUCAAGAGUUAGUGGACGGCUCUCUGAUUGAUCUCUGUGGAGCAACUCUUUUGUGGCGUACUGCUGAAGGGCUUUCCCGCACUCCCACUGUCAAACACCUGGAGGCGCUCCGGCAAGAGCUGAAUGCUGCUCGUCCCCAGUGCCCCGUGGGUUUCAACACCCUCGCCUUCCCCAGCAUGAGGCGGAAGGACAUAGUGGAUGAGAAGCAGCCCUGGGUCUACCUAAACUGUGGUCAUGUUCACGGAUACCACAACUGGGGUAACCGUGAUGUUGAGCGAGACGGAAGGGAGGGCCGUGAGCGGGAAUGUCCCAUGUGCCGCGCUCGUGGGCCGUACGUGCCGCUGUGGCUGGGCUGUGAGGCAGGGUUUUAUCUUGAUGCGGCCCCUCCUACUCACGCGUUCAGCCCAUGCGGCCACGUGUGCUCAGAAAAAACAGUGGUGUAUUGGAGUCAAAUCCCUCUUCCUCACGGAACGCACACCUUCCACGCUGCCUGCCCUUUCUGCGCCCAACAGCUCAGCGGUGAGCAGGGAUACAUCAGACUGAUCUUCCAGGGGCCCGUGGACUAAGUACACCUGCAUGUGUCCUUUUACCCCAGUAACCUAUUUGACAAACAUUAGCCAAGCAUUUCUUUCUGUUGUUCCUAUAAUUUGAUUUUAUAAAGAUGCCAUUUUCAGUGCUCUCAGACUGUUUUUUCCCCCUUGCUUCCUGGUUUGUAAGUUACCUUUUUACUGCUUUUUCGACUACAGAGAAAAACUAAAAUAUAUUUUUUCAAAUAAAAAGAUUAUAAAAGCUAAAAAAUUAAAAGGAAUAGACCUCUUCAGAACAGCAGAGCACAUGCACACCCACAUUGGAGCGUUCUGAUUGGGUGGCUCUGCUUGUCAUUUGAAGUGGUGGGCGUGGCCAUUACAGAUGCUGACAUGUACAGUGUUUAUUUGCUAGUAGUAACACUCAGCAUUAAAGAGGCAAUACACCAUCCAUGUAUGUUAAGAAUGAGCUUACAGACUAUCUGUAAGUCUACCUGUACUCAAUUUAUUCAAUAAUUCAGAGCAGCAACUACAUUUAGAUUCCAGAUAACUGUUUUCCAUGUCUAACUUAAAAACUUAAUGCUUUUUUUAUUUAUACACUAUCAAUGUUUAUCAAAGAUAAAAAAAAUGUAUAGGUGUGUUUUUGGGGAGUUAAGUUCUAUGUAGCUGUUUUUUGUUUUCUCUUUAUUGUGAGUCUUUUCCAUUAUAGGCUUCGCUAUAGCAUUCCGAUUUUUCCUCAUUUGUUCUCACGUAUGAUUGUGUGAGUGAAAUCUUCUUUGCAAUACUGAACCAAUGAGGUCAUGCUCAGAGAAAUGAACUCCAGGAAGCUCAAGAGGCCUAAAAAUCUUCACCUCCCUUUAAGCACAGGCCAAAACCUCAUGCCCUUUCAGUGACUUUGCAAAGCUGCAAAAGCGUGUGCGCUUAAGUGUCUUAAGAUCCCUGUUUUCUGUUUGAGCCUUUUCUGUGUAGAUGACUGCCCUUGUUUGGAUACUUUGAAGACACUGGGAAGUAUUUUCCAUCCGUAGUGCAAAAAGCAGCACUAACCUCUGGAAAAAUCCUUUACCUCCUUUAUAGGUCAGUUUUAGUCUCUCUUAAUUAGCAAAUUGAGGUGUUAUUGUUUUAUAUUUAACAGCUACUGACAGUUGAUUACAGUAGAAAGGGUCAUUUUCUCCUUAUGUUUAAAAUUGGAUAUUAAACAAUAUUUUCAAAAUAAAUGACACUCCCCCUGUGUACAAGAAACUAGAGAGUUAAUACUUAAAAUGGCCAUUCAAAGUUUGGGGUCAGUAAGAUUUCAUAUAAUAUAUUUAAUAUAUAGAGCGAGAGAGAGAGUGAGAUAAAAUGUAUUUAGUUAAUUGGUUUCAACAUUAACAAUAAGAAAUGUUUCUUGA